UUGACCCUCUGACGACACGUCGUCUCGUUUGAUAUCUAAAUCGAAAAAAACCAACCCUGGGAAACUCGAGGGAUCGCGUUUACAUAUCACAACAAAUAGGUAUUCUUCGACGAACAAUACGAUCGUCUAAAAAGAAAGUAAAAAGAAAAGAAAAAAAGACAGUCAUAGUUAUCUUUCCUGCCGUCCACGACGAGCGACUCCGCCAAAAUGUCGGGCAACCGAAACUACGACUUCUUAAUCAAACUACUCCUAAUCGGCGACUCUGGUGUCGGCAAGUCAUGCUGCCUGCUGCGGUUCAGCGAAGACUCCUUCACGCCGUCGUUCAUCACGACCAUCGGCAUCGACUUUAAAAUUCGGACGAUCGAGCUAGACGGCAAGCGCGUGAAGCUGCAGAUCUGGGAUACGGCCGGUCAGGAGCGAUUCCGAACUAUCACGACGGCUUAUUAUCGCGGCGCGAUGGGCAUCCUCUUGGUUUACGAUGUUACCGACCAGCGAUCUUUCGAGAACAUCCGAACGUGGUUCGCAAACGUGGAGCAGCACGCUACGGAAGGCGUCAACAAGAUCCUCAUCGGCAACAAGUGCGACUGGGAGGAGAAGCGCGUCGUGUCGACGGAGCAGGGCGAGGCACUCGCCAAGGAGCUCGGCAUCCCUUUCCUCGAGGUGUCCGCCAAGAGCAACAUCAACAUCGAUAAGGCCUUCUACAGUCUCGCCGCCGACAUCAAGAAGCGACUCACCGACAUCAGCCCCGCCCAGCAGGCCGCUGCCGCCGGCGGUCAGGGCGUCAACGUCUAUUCGGAAAAGGGCAGCAGCCUGAACAAGUGCUGCUAAAUUUAGGUCUGGGGGAACGUCCACUCAAAGAAGACGAGAGAGAGAUAAUGUUGUGGUAGUAUUGGUGGUGGUGGUAGUAGAGAGUCAAGUUGGGCCUCCAAGCCAGGUUAAUCAGA